UCCGUUAUAUGCACACACUCCUCUCUCUUCAGCUACAACCAUUACACCUGGGAAACUUCACACCUAUAUUUUAUUUCAUUUAAUCUGAUUUGGUUGUAACCAGGGUGCAAGUAUGACGAUCAGAACAGCUCGUCCUAACCGGGGCCAUCAUUUCCGGCCUCGUACGCACUGCCUGAAAAAGCUAGAUGCCAUUGUGGUGGAGAUGCAAGACCCAAAAAAUGGAGUUAAAGGCUCAGAGCAGAAACUCAACGUUACAACUAUUCCACAUGCCAUCACUGGUAGCAACAUAAUUGCUUGGAUUGGCAACAAGAUGAAGACCACAACAGAAGAAGCUCAGGCCUUUGGCACCAUGUUAGUGGCGUAUGGCUACAUCUACCCCCUGCAGAACCACAAGAAGCUGGUGAUGUGUAAUGACAGCAGCCUUUACCGCUUCCAGACUCCCUACUUCUGGCCGACACAACAAUGGGUUCCAGAGGACUCUGAUUAUGCCAUUUACCUGGCAAAGAGGAACAUCCGCAAGAAAGGCAUGCUUGAACCCUAUGAGCAGGCACAUUACAACCACCUGCAUGAAUGGCUGAACCACAAAUGGGACUUCAUUGUGAUGCAAGCUACAGAGCAGUACAAGGCUGGUAGAGACAGGAACAAGGCUGACAGAGUGGUCUUUGACUGCCAGGAGAGGGCUUACUGGAUUGUGAACAGGCCUCCGCUCCGUACUCACAGUGCUUUGGACUCUGUGCCAGAACGACUUAUUAAUCCUAACAUAGAGGAGAAAAUCACCUUUGACCAAUACAGACGGGUUAACAUUUUCUACCAGCAAGCAAUCAUGAGAUCAAAAGUCAAAUCCAGUGUUUCACUCGGAGCGCUGGUCAAGUACAUCACAUCCUACAAAAACCACGAUCCUUUCCUGGCUCCUUGUCUACCAAGCAAUCCCUGGCAAUCAGACCACGAUGCUUACUGGACUCUUAACAUGAGAAGGGUGGAAGUUCCCACUAAGAUGCGGGUGGAGCGCUGGUCCUUCAGCUUUUUUGAGCUGCUGACUGACCUGCGAGGCCGAGAUGAUUUUAAGAUCUUCCUGAAGAAAGAGUUCAGUGGUGAGAACCUGGCCUUCUGGGAAGCAGCCGAGGAACUAAAGUGGGGCACCGCCUCUUCCAUGUCAUCAAAGGCUGAGACCAUCUUCAAGACCUUUCUGGCUCCAGGAGCCCCCCGCUGGAUCAACAUUGAUGGUAGGACAAUGGGCCUGACAGUGAAAGGCCUGGAUCAUCCUCACCGCUAUGUCCUGGAGGCAGCUCAGACACACGUCUUUAUGCUCAUGAAAAAGGACACAUUUUUCCGUUACCUCAAGUCCCCGACUUACAAGGAGAUCCAGAAGAAGGCAUUGAACCCUGAAGCCCAUAACUUCAGCCCAGCACAGCUAGAGGAAAAUGCUCGGAACCGGAGCCCAGGCAUUCAUCCUAUCAUCCUGUGGCAGCAGGAGGAGGAGGAGAAGGCCAAGGCUGCCACUGCCGCUGCUCCAGUUGAUGUCAAGGCUGUGAUGAGCAAAAUAGACAGAAAGAAAUAGAAGUGUGUGGGGAUUUUUGACUUUGAUGUUAAACUAGG